CCACCCUUACCACCCAUCAUGAGCGGUACACACCCCAAUCCUAAGGAUUCAAUGAAGUCCACCUGGCGCCGGCUGGAUCGCGCCGAGUGGAGCGUCUGGCACUGGUUCUUCGAGAUCCUCGGCGUGCACCCCAGCAACCUCGACAAGGAGGUGCCCGUGCAUCCAAAGACCGAGAAGAUUCCCUACAUGAGAUCAUGGUCUCAGCACCUCUGGAUUCUCUACCACGCCAUCCUCCCCCUCGCCGUCCACCACGUCUACGUCUCCUACACGGGCCACAAUUUCACCGCCGUGGGCGCCUUCAUCCUCUACUCCGCCGCCUUCAAGCUCAUCGCCAUCCACCAACUCCAAGUCAUGCGCCGCAUGGGCCACGUCCUCGGUUUCCUAGACGGCGACCAGCACGGCCGUGACGAUGUCCCGGACGUCGGAGUAGCCAAGGUCGUCCGGUCCCUGCUCUCGACAUCAACCUUCCGGCCCAUCAUGACCGUCUUCCUCAGCUACCGAGUCAGCCAAGCACCAGCCCAGAUGAGCUGGGGCUGGCUACCGCUCGAAAUCGGACUAUACGGCAUCAUCCUCGACUUCUGGUUCUACUGGUACCACCGACUGAUGCACGAUGUGGGCAGUCUCUGGAAAUACCACCGGACGCACCACCUGACCAAGCACCCCAACCCACUCCUGACCCUGUACGCGGACACGGAGCAGGAGUUUUUCGAUAUCGCGGGCAUUCCGCUGAUGACAUACUUCAGUAUGAAGCUGAUGGGAAUGCCGAUGGGGUUCUAUGAGUGGUGGAUCUGUCAUCAGUAUGUGGUGUUCACGGAGUUGGCAGGCCACAGUGGAUUGAGGAUGCAUGCGUCGCCGCCAUCAACGCUGGAUUGGUUGUUGAAGUUGGUUGGGGCGGAGUUGGUGAUUGAGGAUCAUGAUUUGCAUCAUCGCAAGGGAUGGAAGAAGAGUCACAACUAUGGAAAGCAGACUAGGCUGUGGGAUAAGAUCUUUGGAACGUGUCAUGAGCGGAUUGAGAGUCGGGAGGAGAAUGUGGAUUAUGAGAAUCCGGUUAGGAUGCCGAUCUUUUAA